UUCUACUCCUCCGUCUUUCGCGACCUCAUCUCCGAUGGUUUUCUCUCCCCUGAUUCCAAGUCUCUCUGCGUGGAAGCUACGCCUACUGGCCGAGAGGUUUUCUCCCUCAGAGAGAUUGGUGUGAAGGACUCCAUCGGUAUCUCUAAGAAGGCUUCCCGUCCGUUGGUGGUGAAAGGCGAGGGUCACUCUAUACCCUUCCAGGACAAUACAUUCGACUUCAUCUUCUCCGGAGGCGGCCGCCUUGGGAAGUCGUUGAAGCCGUUGGAGUUUGCCGACGAGAUUAGCAGAACACUGAAGCCCCAAGGGAUUGCGGUGGUUCACGUUGCUGCUACUGAUACUUACAGUUUCAAUUCAUUCCUUGAUUUGUUUAAUUCUUGCAGUUUAGUGAAGAUGCGUGAUUUAGAUGCUCCUUUUGAUUCUCCUCAUAUCAGAGAAUUCGUUAUUCAGAAAUACUCUGGAGGAGGUCACCAUAAGAAGAGUUCUGGUGGUGGUGGUGGCAAGUGCUGGAUCCCUGGUUACAAAACAGACUUGAUUCGAGACGCUGAGCCACUCAUUCAAGAGGAGCCUCUUAAGCCAUGGAUCACUCUCAAGCGCAACAUUCAAAACGUUAAAUACAUCCCUUCCUUGGUAGAUAUUCGUUUCAAGAGUAGAUACGUAUACGUUGAUGUUGGUGCUCGCAGUUACGGAUCUAGUAUCGGGAGCUGGUUCAAGAAACAGUACCCCAAGCAGAACAAGACUUUUGAUGUUUUCGCUAUUGAGGCCGACAAGGCCUUUCACGAGGAGUAUAAGAUUAAGAAGAAGGUGCAGUUGUUGCCCUAUGCAGCCUGGGUGAGGAACGAGACUUUGUCCUUUGAGAUCAAUCACGAUCCUGGAAAAGAAGUGGAAGCCAAAGCAAUGGGCAGGGGGAUGGGCAGAAUCCGGCCUGUUAAGAAAUCUUCCUCGAGCUUAGCUGGAGAAGUGAAUCUGAUCCAAGGGUUUGAUUUCGCUGACUGGUUGAAGAAGAGUGUGAGAGAGAGGGACUUUGUUGUGAUGAAGAUGGAUGUUGAAGGAACCGAAUUUGAUCUGAUACCCAGGCUGAUCGAGACAGGAGCAAUUUGUCUAAUCGAUGAGCUGUUCCUUGAAUGCCAUUACAACAGGUGGCAGAGAUGUUGUCCUGGCCAAAGGAGCCAGAAGUACAACAAGACUUAUAACCAGUGCUUAGAGCUCUUCACUUCGCUCAGACAAAGUGGGGUGCUUGUCCAUCAAUGGUGGUAAUGGUUGCAUUAUCUCCUUCUUCCAUGGCUUGGGGUGAUUUUUAAUCUAUAAAUGUACUUUCUUCUUCUAGAAUAUAAACAACAAGGAUAUUGUAGGGUUUUCUAUUAAAGAAAAAAAAAAAAAAAAACUCUGUUCUGUUUUUAAAUUCCCUUUACUGUAAGAACUUUAGAUUGAAAUGAAAAAAAUUGAGUUUCUCUCA